CGCCGAAAUCCACGCCCCCCCCGGCGGCACCGGGCUCCGAGGGGACCGCGGGGACCCCCCCCAAAGCAGCGCCCGCCACCGAUGACACCAAGGCCCCGCCCGCGGCGCAGCCCGAAGCCCCCAAGAUGGCCGCCGAGGCGCCACCGGCACCGGCAGCCGCGCCCAACGCACCCAAGAUGGCCGCCGAGGCCAAGCCGGCGGCGCCCGCAGCGCAACCUGGCCCCAAGAUGGCCGCCGAGGUGAAACCGGCGCCGGCGAGCGCCGCGACCGCGCCCAAGAUGGCCGCCGACACCGCGCCGGCAGCGCCGCAGCCGCCGCCCAAGAUGGCCGCCGAGCCCAAACCCGCGCCGCCGACGUCUCCCAAGAUGGCCGCCGAGCCCAAGCCUGCGCCGACGUCUCCCAAGAUGGCCGCCGAGCCCAAACCCGCGCCAUCGUCUCCCAAGAUGGCCGCCGAGCCCAAGCCGGCCCCGAAGCCGCCGCCGCCAGGCCCCAAGAUGGCCGCCGAGGCGAAGCCACCACCGCCGUCGCCAGGCCCCAAGAUGGCCGCCGAGCCCCCGCCCUCGCCCGGCUCCGCCUCCCCGCUGACGUCACCGGCCCCCCGGUGA